AUGCUGCGCGAAGCGUUUGUUACAUCAAAAAUAAACGGCAGAGAUACAUUCAAUGAUAUUGCACAAAGCAAUGGUGAAGAUUUGUGGAAGGCAUUGAAAGGGCCUAUUUGUUCACGCUUGUAUAAUAUUCAUAUUACUCAAUUUAAUAUAACAAAAUCUGAUUAUGGUUAUAUAUAUAAUGAAAAUAAAAUACUUGGAGUAGCACGCUUAAGACAAGUUCGAGUUAAACCGAAUUCUUGUGAACUUCAUAAAGAAUUUGCAAAACGAAAUUAUACGCAAGGUUGUUACGCAUCAUAUACAACUCGUAACGAAGAUAAAGCUUCAUUUGGUGAUAGUUCUUUAAAUAUCUUCACGUCGGAUGCUUGGAAUUAUGUAUCAGCUGAACGAACGAAAACAAGCUUACAUUCAGGUGUUGUAUCAAAUUACGGGGGUGGUGGUUAUGUACAAUUGUUUACUCGAAAUACCACUACAACAAUGGAUAUUCUUGAAGAAUUAGAACGCAAUUCGUGGAUCAAUCGUGGUACACGAGCAAUAUUUUUUGAUGUUAUUGUUUAUAAUCCAAAUAUUAAUUUAUUUUGUCAUAUACGUCUUCUGGCAGAAUACCCAUCAUCAGGCGGCGUUAUUCCUUCAACAUCGAUUCAAGCAGUUAAAUUAAUUCGAAUUUUCAAUAAAAAACUUUUAUUUCUAUUUAAUCUAUGGAAUUCAAUAGAUCUUAUUCUACUUAUACUUUCAUUUCUAUGCAUUCUAUUUGAAUUAUUAAAUUAUUUAUCAACAAGAAAAUAUCUUGGAGAAUUAUUAAAAAUUGAAAAUAAUUAUCCAAAUUUCGAUGAAUUAUUCGCGUCAAAACUCAAUGCAGAUUUUUAUUUAGGUGUUACACUUGCAAUAACGUGGCUCAAGAUUUUUAAAUAUUUGAAUAUAAAUAAAACAAUGCUUUUACUCAAUAAAACAAUAUCAUCUUGCUUAAAUGAAAUAUUUGCAUUUACAUCAGUGUUUUUAAUUAUUUUUCUUGCUUAUACUCAAUUCGGUUGGAUUCUAUUCGGACGACAUUUAACUGAAUGGAGAUCAUUCCGUACAUCAAUCUUUACUCUAUUUCGAAUGAUACUGGGAGAUUUUGAUCUCUACGCAAUGAUAAAUGUUGGUGAAAUAAUUGGGCCAUUAUUUUUAUUUUCAUAUAUUUAUUUCGUUUAUUUCGUUUUAUUGAAUAUGUUCUUAGCUAUUAUAAAUGAAACAUAUUCAAGAAUUGAAUCAGAUCCAACAUUAGAAACAUUAAAAAUAAGAAAAUUUUCAUUGAAUUUCUAUCCAUUCACACCGAGAAAAAAAUCAAUUGAUUAUGAAACGAACUUGAAAACGCGUGGUUAUACCGAUGAUGAUAUUAGAAAAAUUGUUCAUAAAUAUGAUAAAAAUAAAGAUGGAACUUUAGAUGAACAAGAACAAGAGACAAUGAAACACGAUUUAGCAAAAGGACAAAUGAAAAUCGAUGAAAAGUAA